CUCCCCCCCGCCCGCCCCCGCCGCCGGCGGAAGCGGUGGCAGGGUUCGGGGCGGCAAGAUGGCGGCGGGCGCGGGUAGCGGUGCCCGGGUGGGCGGCAGCGAGGCGUAGAGCCGUCCUCGCCGCCAUGCCCAAGUACUACGAGGAUAAGGAGGAGGACGGGCGGGCCUGCGGGGGGGUGAGGGAGGACCUGCGGCAGUGCCUGCUGGAGAGCCCCUGCGUCCUGCAGGAAAAGAAAAGCCCCAAACAAUGUUUGAGGGAAGGACACUGUAGGAGUUUGCAAAUGACAUUUUUUGCAUGCAAAAGAUCAAUGUUGGAUACCAGAGCAAGAUUCAGAGGAAGGAAGGGAUACUGAAGUCUUCGUGAAGAGACCCAGCCAUGGGAAAUCAGGUUUCAUCAACGCUUUAAGCAAAACAGAGACUAAAGAAAGAAGAUUGUAUCUGCUGCGUCCUUUCAUGCAAUAUUUUCGUGGAAGGUAUCUACUCCCGAGUAUUCCGAUAGGUUGACCUGGAUAUGCAUUUAAAUGUUUAAAAGAAGGCAGGCAUAAAACUGCAAGUUCUGGCCAAAAUGGGUACUUGUCACGCACUUGCAAUAAAAUAUAUAAAAUCCA